AGUCUAGUGAUUAUGAACAGAAGACUUGCAGUAUUUUGUUUUGAACUGUCAGAAAUAAAACUAGUGCUAUUCCUGGUGUACGAUUCAUUUCACUUGCCUUAUCGAAUCAGAGCACUCUGCUGACUCGGCUUUAUCCGAUCUUGCUAAAAAAAUUGAGAGAAAAGGAAAAAAAGUUAUUAUCGGUAGUGACCUCACGAUGAAGUAUGUGUGCGUUAUAUCUUUUAUUUUGUUUGUCGCUCUCUGCAACGGCGUAAAGUUUCCUUUCCAACAGAGGAAUCGAGGUAAGAACUGUCUCAUCCAAAUGUAACUUAUCAAUGAGGUAAAAUUAUGGCCGAUGCUAUCAAAGAAACACUGUUUUCAUUUUCUUCAUUGUCUAAAACUUAAGGUCUAACUGUACUGCCCGUGAAAAACAUGUACAACUCGGAAGUUUUUUUUCUUUUAUGUCAACUGAUGGCCGUUUGCAUAAUAAUUGUAUAUUUGUGCCAGCGCCUUUUUCCCGCCGAAUAAAAAGUCCUCAUCAUCUCUUUCUUAUCUCCGGCGCUAGUUACGCACUAGUCCCUCAACAUGGGAUUGGUUGCGAAAACGUGAAAAGUAAGGUGAAAAUCACAGUGAUUUAGAAUCUUAUCACUGAAAUUAUUUCAAUCAAGGAUUAGUGGUUCCUGAAGGGCAAUAUAUUCUCAAUUCGGUCGUCAGGGUACGGCUCAAUUGGGUAGGUCAACUUAUAAAGGCAUGAAUCUUUUUAAAAAAUGAAACGUAUCAUUCACAAAGGUGGCGCUGAUGUCAAAGGAUACGAUGAAGAAGUGAAUGCUAUGAUGGAAUUGACUAUGCCAAAGCCUAUAGCAGAUGAACGAGAAGGUUAGAAAUUAAAACCUGAGUAGGCUCGAGUUAAACCUUUUUACUCGCAUUGAAGAAUUAGUUUAUCACAAAUAUUUUUGUUAUCGUGAUUGGAUUUUUUUUUUUCAGUAAUCAUAAAAUUCAGAGUCGAGGAGACCAAAUUUUUAUAAUUUUUACAACUAACUUUCUUGGUUCCGAAUCCAAACAGGGUAAAAAAGUGACGGAAAACAAGUGACUGUGUAUCAUUGCUUGUAUAACUAUGUCAAGAAUCUCACACCAAUAAUCAGUGUUACUUUAUACCACACAAGUGAAUGGUACUUUUUGUGCGUACUGAUUGGCUAGUUCGGAAGUGAAUAGUUAAUGCAAUUCGCCUCUAAGAAGCCGAAAAGAAAAAACUGCCCGUCAAAAGUUUAAUUUCCUACAAUUUUUCGGUAUAUUGAACGAAUCAAACUAGUGUUUUGGUAUUGCUUGAUGUACCACCGAGGAGACUCAUCUCUUGUCCCACGUCGGAGACUGGUAAUUUAAACACAUUUGAAUAAUAAAGUUAAUGUUUUUAUAUGCAUUUUAUUCAGAGUCACCUGAAGGUGAAAUCGUAGUUGAGGAGACCAUAGCCCCUGUUACUGCUAACCUUCUUGGCUCCGAAUCCAACCCAGGUAAAAUGUCGAAAACGAACACUUGUAUAUUCAAGUCCGUAUAACUAAACCAAGCUUUGCCAAUUAACCAGGAAUCAGUAAUCUACCAGAGAAAAUAUAAUCCCAAAGAAUCCAAAAUAUGGUUCAUACCGUGUAAGUCGUGUAAGAUCUCCUAUUGCUAAAGAUUUUGGGGGAAGGGUCGCUUCCAUAGAAUUUCAAAAGCAAUGUCCAUUUUCAUUACAUGACGUGGCUACCCGUUUUUCUUUGUUAUUUAGAGAUCUCAGCGUAAGCCGUUAGCCGUAAAAGCAAUCACCCCAUUAAGGUCCUCUCAUACCAGCAUUCAUUUACACGAUAACUGUUAAGAAAUCGCUCAUGUAAUGAUACGUUGCAGAUGAAAAUCGCACAGGCCUGAAUUAAGUAGUGUUCACAACUGCGAAGAUCGCUUUCGCAUUCAAUUGCAGAUAAAAAUGUUUUGGAUAUUUGUUUUUAAUUAGCUUGCGACUACUGUCGUGGUAUGUUUGGAGGCUGUUACUGUGAAGAUGUGGAAUGGUGCCGAGGAAUACCAUGUGAAGUUAAGCAGGAGUGUGAUGAAAAAUGUAAGUUAUAUCAAAAUCAAAGCCUCAGUUAGCGGCCACCUUCCAUCUAACAAAGUCGUGAAGUUACCUUACAUUUUGUUUUGAAGCGAGAUUUGACGAAUAAGAGAAUGAGUGUUAAGCAAAGUCCUUUUUCAAAGGGAAUUUUUCCUUGUGUUAUGUAGAUUCGGGGUAUCUGGUGUGAGACAGUAAAUAUAUGUGUGCGCGCAGAUACGGAAUUUCUCUUCGAGUGUUAGACUCGAGAUAUCUAUUUGAACAAGAGAAGAGCAGUUCCAUAUCUACAUGUAACCGUUUAUUAUUUUGUUUAUUAUAUAAAAGCCGUGGGCCUUUGCCGAUAAGAAAGAUCGACUCUAUCAAUGUUGAACGCAAUAUAUCACAUUCAUUCAUCAACCUGACAGAGAAGUGCAAAAAGCCAGUGACGCGUCAGCCGAUGGUUAUGGCGUUUCUGUUUAUUACUUUAUUACUGUUUUUGCGUUUCAGGUCCCAUAGAGUGAAAAUUUCAAGGCUCAAGGUUGUUUUUUUCUUUCAAAGUAGACAGAUGCAAGUGAAACCAUGACACAAUUUCGUAGUCACCUAAUUUAUUUAACGUACAUUUGGUGUAACGAUAGGAUUUUUAGUGAUUUUUAGUUAUCGAGUUCUUUCAUGCUUACGCUCAAAAAAAUACAAUAUUCCACGUAGAAAACUUAGUUCAGCAAAGCGUAAACGCUACCAGUUCUCCUUCAGUCACCCGUAAACAGUUGUUGUUAGUGUUAAACUGUAACAGCCACCUGUCAUGUCUUUUUGUGUAACUGUUAUCCACCGGAACUCUUUGAAGUAAUUAAUGUUGUAAAAGGCGAAAUUCCUACUUAGCCAAUAGUGUAGUAGAUUACAUGAUCCUUUAGAUUAUUCAUGGCAUUACGUUAUCCAUGUACGUUAAGCUUAAAUAGGACUGUUCUGUAAAGCUUAGCGGUAGGAAGAGAGAAGGGAGUAGAGCAGGGUUGAACCAGCCCUGGCCAGGUCCGUUCUGGUCAAAAUUGUAGUAGAGCUUGCAGAAUAAAUCUACGUUGGAGCCAACCCUCUUGUCGUUAGUCAUUCUCUCAAGGAUAGUCAGCAACCGUAAUAGAUUCCGGUUACCUUCCCGCAGCCAGCGAGUGCCCCCAAGGAAAGCCUUUACCCAGAAAGAGUUUUUAAGAGUUGUCCCCGUCCGUCCGUUCAUUUGUGAAGGCAAAACCUGUUUUCACAUUGGAGAAGUACAAGUUUUGCUGAAUUCGAGGGUUUCGCAAAGGGCAUCAUGCUGCUCUUUCCGAGAGUUGGUGACAAUUAUUUAUGAUUACAACACUAUAUACGCGUGGCACACGCAUUGCUGACGCUUCUUCUGAAC